UUGAUGGGCGACAUAAAAGUGACUAACUUAUUAUUGAAAUAAAAAAUGAUUAGUUCAAUAACAACAUAAACAAUGUCGAUGGACGAAAACGAAUUCUUUAAGCAGACCGUGCAACACCUGGCUCGCUGUCUGUCCAACAUACAGCCGACACCAUGGGAAAAAGUAAACACACUGUUUAUACUAUGUCCGCAAGCAAGCUCAGCACUCGUAGUCACAACCCGCAGCAUGGAGGCCUGCAUAGCCCUAGGGCUGUACUACCUGCAGAGCGGAAUGCAGCACCAGGAUAAGCUGCACCCGUACUUCCUGAAGGUGCUGAAGUGCCUCACUACCGCUCAGUUUGAGGAGCCAGUGUUUCAGAUAAAGAGUGGUGACCGUAUCCCUAUGUCAGAGAAGUUCAGCUUCUGUCUGAACACGCUUCUAUCGGACGUGGCCACGAAGCAGCCGUCGCUUCGUGAGGAAAUCAUCACGGCGCAGAUUGAGCUUAUGGCCUGCCUUACGCAGGUCAUUCUGGACUGCCAUCAGACGAGAGACUACAGCGGUUCUGUGUCCAAGCUGCAGCUGUGCAAGGGGACUAUACCAGUGCUUAUAGGUCUCGCGAGAUCCAUGGGCCGCUUCGCCACCAUCGACCCGCCCCUCCUUUGCCGCCUCUUCCCGCAGCCCCCCAGCCCGGUUAAAAACAAAGAACCCGAACCCAACUUCGAAUACUCCACCCUAGACAAGAAGAGGAAAUUCAACCAGUUCCGACCGAUCAUACCCCGGUCCCUAUCCGGGAAUCUCAACCCAGUCGAACAUAUAAUGGAGAACGGAAGCGACACAGUCGACGGAACAUUAAAAAGAGGCUCCUUAAACAGCUACCAUUCAGUCCCAUACGACCCUACAACAUACUUCUUCCACAAGUUCGGAUCCAGUUUUAACCAGUUUCCUUACAUGAGAUUCUCUGAGUCUCCGGAAAGGAGGAUAAAUGUGCAGUUCUAUGUAAGGUACCUGCAGAAUAUACUGUCCUAUGCGAAGAAGUUGCUGACUAAAGAUUUGCUGGCGUUUUUGGAUGAGGAGGCGGAUGAUAUAUACGCGGCUGGGCAGAUACAGGUUUUCCCAUACAAGUCAUUCUCCGAGACUCUGAACCUAGUCAUGGUGACGCUGCUGCGAGAGAUACUCCAGCACCAGAAAGAUCUACCCGGGCCUUUCACCAAAGAUGUGCAAGAAUUCGUAAAGUGCCUCUUCCUAAGCGGGCAAACGGAGCUACAGUCCCGCCACCACGACGCCUCAGAAAAGGAAGACCGGGAGAGUAACUUCGCCACGGUCAACAAGUUCAAGGUCAACGUUAUGGCCAACUCGGCGUGUGUAGACCUACUAGUGUGGGCUAUUGGCGAUGAGACAGGAGCUGAUUCUUUGUGCGGACGUCUGACUGAGAAGAUAAAUUCGAAUCACAAUCAUAAACUGAUACUGGCGCAUAUGCCUCUUCUCAUGGUGUGUCUUGAGGGUCUUGGUAAACUGGCAACGAAAUUCCCAACGAUCGCGAACACAUCCAUAUAUUGCCUGAGGGACUUCCUCGUGACACCCUCGCCGAUAUUAUUUAAACUGCACAAGUUAGAACUGGAGAAGACUGGGAAGGAACAUAUGAAGGUUACAUUACAAGGUAAAGAGCUAUCCGGAAUGACUGAGUCCGGGGUUCCGGUCAAAUCUACGCCGUUCGAGAAGCUUCGAGACGCUGCCAUAGAAAACCUCUGUGUGGCGUUAGAAGCCGCGCUCACUGUGGAUCCCUUCUGUGUUCCGGCGCUUGUGGGUUCCGUCAGUAACAGACUGUUCACUGCUGAAACCAGUGACAGUGAAUCGUCAUUGAUAAGCACCAACAUAGUGAUAAUGUUGGGCCACGUGGCCGUGGCUUUGAAAGACACUCCGAAGACAACGGACACGAUUCUUCAGUUCUUCCAACAAAGGUUAUGCCGCGCGCCUUCAUCUCUCGACACGCUAAUAGUGGAUCAGCUAGGCUGUAUGGCACUCGCCAGCCCCGCGGGCCCGGCGCACGACGAGAUAAUGCGGAUGUUCACCGUCAUCACCGUCGAGGCCGCCUCCGCCGCCUACCAUCACACCGACGACCGCAAGCAGUACAGACACGUCUCCGGCGCCGUCCUCAACGCGCUAGCGAACAUCGCGGCGAACGUUCGCGGCACCAGCGCUCGCCUCGAGUUGCUCACUCGUCUACUCGAGUUGUUCGUGCAACUAGGCUUGGGAGGCGAGCGCGCUACGGACCGUUCGCCUGCUCCCGUGUUGAAGAGUUCCGGCAGCGCGGGGAACCUUGGCGUACUCAUACCUGUUAUUGCGGUACUAGUGAAGCGACUGCCACCGAUAAAGAACCCUAAGCCCCGCCUCCACAAGCUGUUCCGAGACUACUGGCUCUACUGUGUAGUGAUGGGGUUCACCGCGGCAGAAUCACGACUAUGGCCGCAAGAAUGGUACGCCGGUGUAAAAGAGAUAGCUGUCAAAUCUCCCUACCUUGUCUCGCAAACUUCACUCCGGUCCGACCUGCGCGAACUUCAGUACACUUCGGCUGUCAGAAACGACUCUGUGUCAGUGACUGAGCUUCAAGAAUUGAAAACGCAGAUAUUAAACCUUUUAGAUCAUCCGCAAGAUGUGUCGGUGAUAGUUGGGAAGCUGACGUUUGCGCCUUGCAUGUAUCUACUCAGUGUUUACUGGCUUGAAACUUUAAGGGUGACCAACUCUCCGGAACCCAGUCUGCAGCCGAUCAUCGAGUAUUUAAGCGACACGGCACUGCAGAAGGAUAAGAGUAUGAUGUGGCAAUGCGUCGCCAGUGUCGGAGACAAAGUGUUCCUCAAAUUCCUAGACGUCAUGUCAGAAAAGGUGAAGGACGAGUCCCGAGAGCGCGAGCUCGAGGGCCACGCGCAGUUCCUAUUGGUCAACUUCAACCACAUACACAAGCAAAUAAGGAGGGUGGCCGACAAGUGGCUGGCCGGACUUGUGGAUAGGUUCCCGCAUCUACUGUGGAACUGUAGGGUACUCUGGUCAAUGUUGGACAUCCUGCAAGUCCUGAGCUUUAGUUUGGAGCUGGACCCCAAUCAGGAGACGCCACUGCUAAAAGUACCAGGCACCGAAUUCUCUCUGCAACUGCAGGAUACUUUAGAAGGAAGAGAGGGCAUAGUGAAAGAUUUCGCUGAUCGAUGCCACGGCAUUGUGCAGGAGGCGAUGAAAUGGGCACCGCAGUCCACACGAUCACAUCUGCAGGAGUAUUUGAAUCAGGUCCCGAACUCAACGCUCUGGCACCACGUAGGGCUGGCACUAGCGACUGGGGCGUUACUAGGAGCGGCUGGUCUCAACCGCGCUUCCGCCCCACUGUCUCGUGCCGCUUUAGAGAAGAGACCACCUUGCGUGACGCAAGACUCGGCUGCGUUGCUUGCUGUAGUGUCACAGAGGAGUCGAUACGCGGGUGAAAUAUCUGGCACAGUAGCAGCGGAAGGCGGCGGCGAGGCGGCCUUAUGGCGCGUCGGCGCUCGUCUCCACACCGCACUGAAAGACGCGUGUAGCAGCGAGAGCGAGACGGCACACCGUGCGGCGUUGUGGCGUGCCACAGCGCUAUUGGUACACGCGCGUCAUCAUGCUACUCAUGAUGGGACGGCAAGAGCUUUGCUGCAUUCAGUGGCAUGGUCUCAAGUGGACAUUUUCACCGAAGACGCCGUCACUUCGGCCGUGGAAUGCUGGCAGUGGCUCACCACAGCCCGGCCCGAGUUGGAACUGCGACUGCUACAAGAAAUGUUCGCCGCGUGGCAAUGUACCGUCGAUAGACGCAUGGGACUCUUCUCUCCACAGACUGAGGAGACUAGCCCGCUAGCUGCUUACGAAGGGUCCAAGCUAGAGCCUAGGCCGCCGUUCGUGGCGCCGCACGCAGUGUGGGUGCGCUACUUCUGCGAGCUGGCCGAGACUGCCAAAUACAACAGCCACGAGAAGGUUGAGAUGUUGGCCAGCAUGCUACAUAGAUCUUUGCCUCUGGCUGUUGGGGAUGUACGCGAUAACAUAAACAGACACGUCGAAGCAGUGGGCGUUAGGUUCAAGCUAUUAUCCUGCGGCCUAUCCCUCCUACAAGGCGACAUCCUACCCCGUUCUCUCGCCCGCAACAUCCUCAGAGAGCGAGUGUACAGCGCUUGCCUAGACUACUUCUGUCGAGGUCUACAGUGCCCUAGAAAAACCUCCUGUGCCUUACGAGAGGAUAUCAUAUCGCUCAUCAAGUUUUGGCAGUUGAUGCAUUCCGAUAAGAAGUAUUUAAAGACCAGCGAUAUAGGUAUUGUUUCAGGUGAUUUCGACCAGCUUGGACCAAGUAGUCAGCAAAGCAUCUACACGUCAAAUUCUCCUACCGACGCGCGAUCUUCAGUCAACGGCAGUGACAUUGGGAACAGGCAGACAACUGGCUGGAUUAACACGAAUCAAAAGACAGGCAGUAUGAACUACUUGACGGUCCCCAUGUCAACGACUACCCUCAGCAGCGGAGCUGGCAGCAUCGCCGGCAAGCGGUCCAACAGGAGCGUGAAGCCGCCGGUCAAGUCUCAGGACACGUUUGUUAAAGAUUACGUUAGGAAGAGGAACCUCAUCCUGGAACUUAUGGCCGUAGAAAUCGAGUUCCUAGUGACGUGGCACAACCCUCACGGGCGCCCCGAGCAAGCCAUCCCCGGCGAGGACAACAUCGCCACCUGGCGGUCCAAACCUAACACCGAGCGCACCUGGCGCGACUACGCCAAGCUGGCCUGGGAUGUGAGCCCCACGCUCGCCGUGUUCCUGCCGGAGAGGUUAAAUAACGAGGGAAUCGCCGCGGAAAUGCGCCGCAAAGUACAGGCGCAACCGACCGCCGUCUGUCACAUCCCGCAGGCUCUGAAGUAUCUAGUCACGACGGAAACUCUACUCAACGACGCGCAUGAGUUAGUCCACAUGGUGACAUGGGCGCGCGUGACUCCCGUCGAAGCGCUCUCCUACUUCAGUCGGCAGUACCCACCGCACCCGCUGUCAGCUCAGGCCGCCGUGUCAGCUCUGACGUCAUACCCAUCCUCCGCUGUCCUACUGUAUAUACCGCAGCUGGUGCAAGCGUUACGUCACGACACGAUGGGCUACGUGUCUGAGCUGAUAAAGUCCCUCGCCCGCAAAUCGCAGGUGGUCGCGCACCAGCUCAUAUGGAACAUGCAUACCAAUAUGUAUACUGACGAAGAAAUGCACAACAAAGACCCUGUCCUCUUCGACACAUUGGAAGCGUUGACAAAGAACAUAGUGGACUCACUCUCAGGCCCAGCCAAAGCGUUCUACGAACGAGAAUUCGACUUCUUCGGGCAGAUCACGAACAUUUCCGGAAUUAUCCGACCGUACCCGAAAGGCGCUGAGAGGAAGCGAGCGUGUCUCGAGGCCUUGAAGAAUAUCAAGGUCCAACCGGGAUGUUACCUUCCGUCCAAUCCAGACUCGAUGGUACUAGACAUCGAUUAUAAGAGUGGUACUCCCAUGCAGAGCGCCGCGAAAGCGCCGUAUCUCGCUCGGUUCCGUGUGCGCAAGUACGGUAUCGCUGAGAUGGAGGCAGUAGCCAUGGCCGUCGCUGCCGGCGAAGAUCCUCCCGCUGAGGAAGGCAAAGACCGCUUCACCUCCAUGGUGGCGGAAACCUGGCAGGCGGCCAUCUUUAAAGUGGGCGACGACGUGCGACAGGACAUGUUGGCGUUACAAGUCAUCUCGCUGUUCAAGAACGUGUUCCAACAAGUCGGCCUCGACCUUUACCUGUUCCCGUAUAAGGUGGUGGCCACGGCGCCUGGGUGUGGCGUGAUAGAGUGUGUACCUAACGCGAAGUCGAGAGAUCAGCUCGGCAGACAGACAGACAUCGGGAUGUACGAGUACUUCAUCAAGAAAUACGGCGAUGAGACCACUAGAGAGUUCCAAGCGGCCAGAAGAUGCUUCGUGACGUCAAUGGCAGCGUACAGCGUCAUCGGGUUCCUACUGCAGAUCAAGGAUCGACACAACGGAAACAUCAUGUUGGAUACAGACGGACAUAUCAUACAUAUAGAUUUCGGGUUCAUGUUCGAAUCAUCACCCGGCGGCAACCUGGGCUUUGAGCCCGAUAUAAAACUAACGGACGAGAUGGUGAUGGUGAUGGGAGGCAAGAUGGAGGCGCCACCGUUCCGCUGGUUCUGCGAGCUGUGCGUGCAGGCCUUCCUCGCUGUGCGACCAUACCAAGAAGCCAUAAUCUCCAUGGUAUCCCUGAUGCUGGACACAGGCCUGCCCUGCUUCCGCGGGCAGACCAUCCGCCUGCUGCGCUCGCGGUUCGCGCCCAACUCAACAGAGAAAGAAGCGGCGGCCUUCAUGCUGCAAGUCAUUAGGAACUCCUUCCUCAACUUCAGGACGAGGACCUAUGAUAUGAUACAGUAUUAUCAGAACCAGAUUCCGUAUUAAAUUGGGAUUUAAGCACAUCAGCUACGUAUGUGUAAUGCUAUAAUAUUCAUGGUAUUCUAACAGUCGGUAGCAAGACUGAGACAAAACAAUCAUGAUCAGACCCUCUAGCACAACUUGUCGCGCGCGAGUCCAUACUUGAAGUUGCGCUUGAUGUAUGGACUCGCGUUAUGCUAAAGGGUCAGGUAAAUACUUAAUGAAGAAAAAUAUCCUGGUCACGGCACCAAAUUGUAUCACAUGUUAUAGUCACAUGUCUGACACUGAGCUGUCCAGUUUCCUGCUUUGUUGUUUAACAAAGAAAUGCUGUUCGCUACCACAAUUAUCAGUUGUUUUAAUACAAUAAUGUCGUAUUUUCAACUGAAGACCGCGGAUUAUGGAUAUUCUUAUAUUGAUGUUAUAUUCUAUGGUGAUCAGUGUUAUUAUAACAUUUACAUGAUUAUAUGAUACCAAAUUGAAGGCAAUUAUAUAAAUGCAUUAUUAUGAUGUUUUUGUAGAUGUGAGGAAGUAUUAACUCCUCUUAAUUCCUUCCCAAUGUAUUAACGAAUAUUGUAUUCUGAGAGAUUUCUAGACUAGCUAAAUUAUUUAUUUUCUUAUAAGAUUUAAUUAUUUUGAAUAGGCGGUCUAACAUAGCUUGCGUUCUCGCGUUCGAGUUCAUAGUGUUCAUGCCUUAAGUAAAUCUGGUUCGCGAGAGCGUAAGUUGUGCUAGAUUGGCUUAUGUUUCUAACGUCAACAAAUCAUAAAAUAUUGUAUGUUAUUUGAAAUUAUUGAUUAUUAGGAAAUUAUGUAUGGUCCUAGAUUUUCGACAAUGGAAAUUCCCAAUGUCUUAGUGUGUUUUAGCAUAUAUUAAAUAUAAGAAAAUCAUACCAUCCCAUACAUUAAAAUGCGACCGCCUAAGAACGCGCAUACACUACACCACACAUUGUAGAUGGCACCACAAAAAAAAAUGUCUUUUAG